CGACUUCGAUGAUUAUGUUUCGCAUUGGUACAAGAUCGCCGUGAUAGAGUAGAAUAACAACAUAUCUUGAGGAAAGAAGGUGAAAAAUGCGCAGUAGGGUGAUGAAUACCAGUGUACAUCAGCAUCAGAGAAACAAUGCUACUUCAAACAGAGCCUUCUCAAUAGCGGCAGGAAAUUCUCAUUCGUCUGUGACACCGCCAUCGAACUAUGCGAGAAAUCUACWUCUACAACGGAACAUACUGCUUGUGCUGUGCACRAUUUUGUCAAUAAUUAUUAUUUUGUCACACUGGAAAUCAUUUUCGGUGGCAAUGUAUUCGUUGUCACAUCCGAGCGGCGCAGCGAAGGAUGAUUCCUCCUGCGAAAUUAGCCUUGGGGAAUAUCUAGGUCCUGUUUAUCAUAGCGUUGAAAGCGGGACAAUWGGCGAACCGAAGUGUUUGUUGAAUUCCAAAUGGAUGCAAGUCUCUCUCCAUACCGUUAAGUUCCCCGGUAGCGAUGCCACCUAUGACGAUUGGAUGUGGAUCGACUACUACGACAGAAUCAACGUCUUGGUAGAGGACGAAAGAAAAGUUGGGGGGGAUAGUAGUGAGGAACCUCGGUUUUUGGUGUUUCAACAAACCAAAUAYGCUUURGAAGGUCGAAAAUCAAUGGCRGUUGUUGGAGGCAUCAUUGAGGUUGGCGAAGAUCCCGAAUCGGCGGCAAGGCGAGAGGUGGAGGAAGAAAUGGAUGGUCUCGCUUGCGAGAACUUUCACUUUCUUGGACGUCACCGWAGCGAUGUCAAUAGAGGCAUAGGUUGGCUGAACGGAUUUCUAGCGACUAACUGCACCCAUGGYUCCGGAACCAAAAAUGUUCACUCUUUGGCRAACGAAAUCGGAGCAGCAGAUACCGAAAAGCAAAAACUGAAGUCGAUAUCRCUGAGYGAACUACGUCAAGCAKUGGCACAGGGGAAAUUUAUCGAAGUUCAGUGGACCGCAACCGUUGCACAAGCACUUCUGAGGUUCUAUUCAUAAUUUAUAAGGAAUUGAAUUUAGAGAAAUUAUCCCUUAAAAUAUAUUUUUCUAUUUUUUAUGUUAAUGUACUUGUAUUCGAGGUUGUGARUAGUAUAAUGUGUAGGAUAAAGAAAAGAGGAAAGAGUCUUUGGAUAGUUGAGUGCCGUACAUAGUCGUAGAAAGAUGGAAUACCAAGGUGGAUAGCUUCGUAGUGAUAUCCAAUGAAAAUGAAUGUUUGAUAUUUCACGUAUCUGCCAAAUACUUUCAUAAUCCGGAGGUAGCCGCAGCUGCUGUUAUCUCACGGACGACGACGAGAUCAAUGAAUUUUAAGAAAUAUUCGCGAUACUGAUCUUCUGUGACGGAACUGCGCUUUACUGUCUUUUUCUCGUCGUCAGCUUGAUUCUCACCAAUAGAGGUUGACGACAAAGCAGAAUAACUUCGGCUUCGGCCCAUCUUCGCAAGUGGUCGAACAGAAAARUUUUCGUGUUUUUCCUUUACAUCAAUUUCAUCAUUGGCUGGAACGUCUGACUCAAACUUGACAUUAUUGAGAUUCGCGAAAGACACCCUCUGUAAAAGAGGGGAUAGUUGUUUCUGAACAGGCCUUGUCGGAGGGACCUCUUGAAAGUUGGAAGCUCUGGAGCCGUGGUCAAAGGGGUUGCAACUUACGUCCACUGGAGCCAUACUCGUCGCAGUCAUAGCAUUUUCAUUCAAAAAUGAAGAUUCAGGUCCAUUCUUUGGCGAUAUGUCCCAAUUCGUGGAGUCUUCGUCUUCUUCGGAAUCGCUCUGGAUGUAUGGAAGUGCGUCGGAAUCACUCUGGGUGUACGGACUCUUGUGCCACAAUCCACCUUCGUCGCUUGAAGUAUCUGAAUCAGACUCGAAUGAUUCAGAUCGAGGUUUCGCCAUGAGUUUCGUGCUAUUGCCCUGACUAACUUUUUCGAGAACUCUUAAAGCCCAUUGCUCUGCCUCUUGGUUUUCUGGUUCAUCGGAGCAGGAACUAGAAUCUUCCGAACCAGCAGACUGAGUCAUUGCCGGGAUAGCAGUAGGUAUCUUUGGUUCAUCCGAACUCGCAAAACAGGUCAGAUCGAAUGCAGAAACCGCCUUCCUUACAAUGUUGCUCUUUGGCCUUGGAUUGAGGAGGCUUCCACCAUGAGGCGAAAGCUGCUCUUGAAGUGCUUUGGAAGCAACUGCAAAUCCCCAUCGAUCGUCUCGAAUAGCGGAUUCUGCUAAUUCCCCAGCCAUAGCAAACAAUACCUCGAACUUGGAUUCAACCUCGCCCAGGUUGUCAUUACGACAGCACAUGACGGCAAUAUCGUAAAGGCUUAAACCAGCUUUCGUUCCUUCCUUGAGAAUAGUCGAAGAAGCAUAAAAGUAUGCCAGGGCCUCACUACAUAUAUUUAAGCGAUCCCGAAGCAUUUCGGCGUCUCGUUCAAUAUCCAAAUUGAGAAUAUAUUUCUUUGUUUUAGGGCUCAUUGGCUAUUUUCGAAUGAGAAGAAAAGCAAAUCGUCAGCGGAAAGAGGUUAGAGGAUCAAAACAUCCUUCGAUUCUUGAUAGCAACAUAAAUAAAAAAUAUUCAUUACGUAGGACUCACCUCUUUCAAUUGUGCCCAAUCCAACCAGCACCAAUCCAUCCAAGACGUAUCAGCAACAGAUCGCAGGCAGAAUCCGUGAUCGAUAGGAACCAACUCGAGAGAAUUGUCACUCUUUCGUCGUCGCACUAAAAGAUUUCCAGAGUUGCGAUCGGCAUUCAUGAGACGAAUGUCCAAGACAGCGAUUUUGUGAACUUCCUCGACACUAAUUUUGCUAGGACUGAUGUCAUCCAUAGAACAUUCAGUGCGGACAAACUCUUGGAACGAUCCCACCUUUUUGGGCAACACAGUAGACGACGACGGUGACGACGACAUGCUUUGGUUUAACGUAAGGCCAAGGGAAUGCCUUCCGAUUGACGCUCCACCUUCCGAAAGUGACAGGCGAGAUCCGUUGAUAUUAAAUGAGGGGUGGCGACAUUCCACAAGGGUUGUCAUUGGAACACCACUGAAUCCGCUGUGAUCCAGCAUGAAAGCAGCGACCUCGCGGAUACAGGCUUCUCCAGGUAUAACUCCUUCUCGAAGAAACAUGUCCUGUCCAGGCUGUCGAAUAUAACCUCUAGGGUUGUUCUCGGCGUAUGGUUCUUCGUCCGCAGGUUUGAAGACGGCAAUUUUUGCCUUUCUCGAAUUGUGUAGGAAGUAUGUCCCGCCAGAACCGUCUAAGAUAAAGGACGGCUUGAGAUUGAGUGCUAGCGCUCUCCUUGCUUCGUUGACAAGUGACCGAAGAGGCUUCGGUGUCGACUUGUAGACAGAAGACGAAAUGUCAAUGUCGCUGCUGUUAUAUUUAUCAGUGAAUGAGGAAAGGGAAGUUGUUAACGCCGAAGAGCGAUCUUUAACAUCAAGAAGCAAUGUUUCUCCUGACCGGUAGAUCCCGGCAUCAUGUAAUGWGCGAUGAUUCGGGAGUGCCUUUCCUGAAGUUAAAUGGGGUCCGAAGAAGAGGUGCAGUGAUUGAAUCGGUACAUGGAUCUUUUGAUGUAUUAUUUUCUUGACAUCCCCUAUUGUAGACCAGGGACGAACUGUGAUUGGCCUCUUCUUCCCCUGCCGCACAUCCCGGAAGUAGAGUUGCAGAUCCAAGGAGGAACGCAAUUGAUUUUUAUGUAACUCGUUACUAUCAAAGCUCGGCAUGAUAGACAAAGGAACGAAUGGUUCGCGACCCUGAUUAAGUUAGUUGUCUUGUCUCUUAAAUGUGUUUUAUUCUUUGCGAUCUUUCUUGGUGUUUGAUUGCUGCUUAUGUUCUUUGCUUUGGCUCAAAGUGUGAUUGUUGAUGAUAGUUGUGAUUUAAUUGGCUUGUUCAUGAGGAGAGGAUAUAUGUUAUAGUUCGUGGGGCGAGGGGAGAGUUCUAAGUGUAAUGAAUGUAUUUUUGUGUGUCAUGUGUCAUAUCAUGCCGUAGGUUCAGCUUGAUGGAAUUGUAUUUAUCGCGUGGUACGGAUACUCUGAUAUUCUGUUGCUUUCUUUUGGUCUUGAUUGCUCUUUUGCUGUUGUGUCGACAGUAACCAACAGGUGGAAGGAUUGAAGAUCUGUUGUAUCCAACAAGCCAUCCGGGCAAAGGAGUUAGAAGACGACCUUGUCCCCAGCGGGAAAGAUCUCAGAAAAUGUCUCUAUCCGCUUUUAUUGAAU